AUGAUGCCUGGCCAGCGAUUGCAAGGCUGCCGCUCCCUGCACUUCAACGAGGACAACGGCCGCUUCGUGCUGCUCGCCAUCCUCAUCCUCCUUUACCUGCUGUGCGGCGCUGCGGUCUUCUCAGCCAUAGAGAGGCCCUCGGAGCUGCAGGCUCACGGCCGCUGGAACGGGACGCUCCACAACUUCAGCGAGACCUUCAACAUCAGCCUGCAGGACCUCAACUCGUUCCUGCGGGAGUACGAGGCUGCCAUCGCCGCCGGGAUCCGCGCUGACGCUCUGAGGCCAAGAUGGGAUUUUACAGGGGCUUUUUAUUUUGUUGGAACUGUGGUGUCGACUAUAGGUUUUGGGAUGUCAACGCCUGUGACGAUUGCAGGCAAGGUGUUCCUGAUCUUUUACGGGCUCCUGGGCUGCGCUGCCACCAUCCUCUUCUUUAACCUCUUCCUGGAGCGCAUCAUCACGCUCCUGGCCGUGGUGAUGAAGGCCGUGAGGGAGCGACGAAUCAGGAACAGCGGUCUGCUCCCGCCAGGCAUCCGCCACGACUUCUCGGCCUACUCCCUCCCGGGAUGGAAACCCUCAGUGUACCAUGUGAUGCUGAUCCUCGGUCUGUCAGCCAUCACCAUCUCUUGCUGUGCGUCGGCCAUGUACACCCCGGUGGAGGGUUGGGCUUACCUAGACUCACUUUACUUCUGCUUCGUCUCCUUCAGCACCAUCGGCUUUGGGGAUUUUGUGAGCAGUCAGAACGCGGUGUAUGAAUACCAAAGCCUCUACGGGUUGGCCAACUUCUUCUUCAUGCUAAUGGGCGUGUGCUGCAUCUACUCGCUGUUCAACGUCAUUUCUAUUGUCAUCAAGCAGGUGCUCAAUUGGAUGCUGGAGAAAAUGAGCUGCUUGUUUUGCCAGCGCUGCAAUAAGGCGAAUGCCUUCCUGAGCAGACGCAAUGCCAUCCGCCCGGGUUCCAAAACCCGCCAGAGUCGGUUUGACAAGCCCGACUCAGACGGACCCUGUGAUAGUGACACUGAGGGACGCAGACUAUCAGGGGAGAUGAUCUCCAUGAAAGACCUGGCAGCCUCUAACAAGGUGUCUCUGGCCAUCAUGCAGAAGCAGCUGUCUGAAUCUGCCAACGGAUAUCCCAGGACAGUCUGUGGCAGCUCACGCCACAAUGGUUUCUCUGGGGGGGUCGGUGCCCUGGGUAUCAUGAACAACAGGCUGGCGGAGACGAGUAACUCCAGGUAG